UGAGGACACAGUGAGAGGCUGGCUGUCUGCAACCCAGAAGAGAGGCUUCACCAGACUGUGACCAUGCUGACAUGUUGAUCUGGAACUUCCCGGCCUUCACGUCGUGUCACAGAUAGCGCGGUCAAAGCUUUUUCGGUUAUGAAGCAAGCUCUAAAAAAAAAUAGAACAGCCGGAGUGAUCUUCCUCUCUGUAAACUGUAAGUUAUCUACCACGGGAUCUCAUUGAAGAGGUGGCCUUGAGGGCUUAAGUAAGUAGGUUAUCCGAUCAUCGAACCAGCACAAGAAACUGUCUGGCGAGCGACAGGAGCCCAGAGUGGGGUGGAGGGAGAUGCAGGCGAAUUGCAUUUUGAGGUCUGGGUUGCUGUUUGCCACUCUGUCUCUUGUCAUCGCCAAGCACAAGCAAUCUUCCUCUGCGAAAGGUUGUUACCCAAGGGGCACACUGUCCCAAGCUGUUGACAGACUCUACGUCAAGGCGGCAUGGCUCAAAGCAACAAUUCCAGAAGACCGCAUUAAAAAUAUACGAUUAUUAAAAAAGAAAACCAAAAAGCUAUUUAUGAAAAACUGCAGAUUCCAAGAACAGCUUCUGUCCUUCUUCAUGGACGAUGUUUUUGGUCAACUCCAAUUACAAGUCUGCAAGGAAAGACACUUUGUGGAAGAAUUUCAUAGCCUUAGGCAGCAAUUGAGCCGCUGUAUUUCAUGUGCUUCAUCAGCUAGAGAGAUGAAAACGAUUACCAGGAUGAAAAGAACAUUUUAUGGGAUUGGAAACAAAGGAAUCUACAAAGCUGUCAGUGAACUGGAUAUUCUUCUUUCCUGGAUUAAACAAUUCCUGGAAAGCAUUAAGUAAUGCAAGAAGCCAAGUGCAUGGAUUUGAUUGUUAUUUUGGAAUACAAUGAGAACCACUGGAAAUAAAUUUAUAAGACUGUA